AUGGACCUCUUCAGGAAGAAGAGGGCCUCAGUGGACACGUCAGACAAAGUCGUCUUGGGGAUGACCCCUCUGCGUUCUUCAAAAACCUGCUCGGAUGCAACUGACAAGGACUUGUACAGUGAAACUUCAGUGGGAAUCCUCUGCAUUGACGAACAUCCUCAACUCAACCCAUCCAGAGUGAGCAUCGUCUUGGAAGGGAGUGUGGUAAUGGAGGAGCUGGCCAACCUGCCACAGGCUUUCUGUGUCCUUUUUGGACUAAUUUAUGCCUUGCACUUGGACUACCCCAAGGCGACAGAAGAAAACCGGCACAUCGGAGCAUUUUACGGAUUUUGGGUUGGAAAAUCUUGCUGGGAUUUGGCAACCUAUGGGAGCCGUGUGCUUGGAUGGACGAAGGAGAUGACGGAGAUGUUCAUAAGAGUGCGGGCGGAGAACGACGUCCUCUUUACUGGGGCGAAGUUCUCCGCCAGCACGGCCUGUAGGACUAUCCUGGAAAAGCUAGACCUGCAGGAGGUGGUCACGCCCCUGCAGGCCUGUAAGAAGUGGAACAACUUGAAAAAAAAGUAUAAAGACUGUAAAUGCCCUGGAACAGGCCAGGGCGUGGAGGGGAACCCCACUGCUGGGACUUGGCCCUGGUUUGGCCUCAUGGAUGAGGUGUUGGGGCAGAAGCCGUCCAUCAACCCUCCUGUCCUAAUCGCCUCCAUCCCUGAUGCCAGACCAGGGCCAAGCCAGGCCAGAGAGCAGGAGCCGGAGCAGGAGGAGGAGGAGCCAGAGGCGGAGCAGCAGAGAGGAACGAGAAGGAAGAGGAGAGCGAGCUGGGCCACCUGGAGGCUUGAUCGCGACGUGACAGCCAUCUAUUGCCCCAGCAGCUCUUGUGAAGACCUCGCUCCUCGCCAGCCGUGCAAACCCCCGGGUCACUGUCUGCAGGUCUUCAGGGGUGUUUGGGAGGUGGAUGACUUGGUGGCGUAG